UGCCUUGCCACGCCAAUCAACCUCGACUCACCAUCAAAAGUGCAUCGCAUCACAUCACGACCGAAGCCUCAACAUGUCCGAAGCAACUCCCCGCAUCACCGCUCCCUACCUUGAGCAAUUCUCGCACCGCACAGUCCGCAUCCUAGGCAAAGUCCGCCAAAUCCGCGGCGAAAUGGCCACCAUUGAAGCAGGCGGCAAGAUCGACUUGCACUUGAACAAGGACUGCCACCUCCAGAAUAACCACGCCUUCGAGUUCAUCGGCAAAGUCCAACAAGAUCUGAGUGUUCGCGUUCUCGCCUCUACAGAUCUCGGUCCAGAAGGCAGCAUAGACUUCAACGCCAUAGAUGCCGUAGUCGAUGCCACGCACCGCUACCACGAGAUCUUCUACGCCAAAGACGAGUAGAUCACAGUAUACGAAUUAAUGACGAUGCACGAGGGCAAUGUGCCACACUACGAUGCCAUGAUGGUCAGAAAAGUAUCCAGUAUAAAAGUUACCGACAGAAUGUUCCCACACAUGCCGAAAGCGUGGUGUACUGUAGCUCACUGCCGAGCACGGAAUCCUGAGGUACCGACUUUGCGUUUGGACCGGUCGUGCGUACCCAAGAGCUGUGAGACAUGACUCUUGGUGUGCAGACUGUGCAGCGAAGUAAUGCAUGUCGCGCUGAAAAGUACCUUGGUAUCACAUAAGCGCUUGAGCGGGUCAUGGACAGACAGUGCGGCUCCAAAGGACUGGAAAGUUUGAGACAGACGCCGCUGCACGCUUGACGAUGGUUGACCAUUGAUGAUCAUCCCUGAAGGGAGAGAGUCAUGGACCACGCUAUCAGGCGCGGCGACCCAAGAAACUGUGCUCAGUUACCUCCUAGCGGUGUGAGUAGUGGUUGCAUCUGUCAUGGAGCUGUAGCUAUAGCUGUAGCUGCUGCGAGCACGUGGAGUAGUACAGUAUGGAUACAGCUAAUGAUACAUCUAUCUACG